AUGGCGUUGACGAGCGAGAUAGUGACCGCGCACGUCUACCAGCAGACCUGCUUCUUGAAGGAGAAUACCUGCGUCGUUUUGCUCUACCAAAACGGUCUCGCCCUCGGUCAGACUUCCUCUGUCCAGACCUUGAUCUUUUCCUUGGUUGGCGACGAUUUGAGCGCUCGCUUCUGCUUGAAGAGGAGCUGCGGCUACGGGAAGCCGACCUCGAGGAUUCGGAACGUGUGCGACUGCGUCCCCGUCUCCAUCCACGGUCUCGGCCGCGGCCGCGGUCGCGGUCGCGGUCGCCUCUUCCUCUCGGAUAGUAGCUGUCGCGUCCGAACGAGUCACGCGACCCACGGAACCGAUUGUCGGGAGAGCGUGAACGGUUACCGCCCCGACCGCCCCGGGCACCUCCAUCAAAUGCGCGCUCUCCACGCCGACCUCCCCUUGAGAAAUUCGGCCGGCCACCGUCUCGACGGUCUCGAUCCUUCAUAG